ACGAAUAUGAUAUUAUUGACCAGCUACCAUCUACUUCGAGUGCUGGAAUUAAGCGAAGUAGAAAUGAUGAAAAUUCCGCUCUUGAGAGUAAUCCAAAAAGGAUUAAAUCUCAAAUCGAAAUUAUCUGCGAUCUAUGUGGAGAAAGAUAUCCCCAAACCGGAAAAAUCAAACAUUUAAAAUCGGAAAAGCAUAAGAAUGCAAUUGCUAGAAGAGUAACAGAUGUUGAAAUAAUUCAUCUGGCUUCAGAUACAGAAUUCCCAAUCAAAUCCUAUAGGGUUCAAUCAACCAGCACAUCCAAUUUUAUUGAUAUAAAAGAAUUCUAUAAUCAAUGUCAAAAUAAUAUUAAACAAAUUCUUACUAGAUGGCUAGAGGAAUACAUAUCAAUAAAAUUCAGUUUACAAGUAUAUGGACUAUAUGUAAAAUACACAGAGGAGGGAGAGUGUAUUGAAACCUUUAAACAUUUUGGAACGGCCUACAUAUCUGUGUAUGAUGUUGAUAACUUACCUACUAGAAUUGAUGAAGGUAUCGAUUAUUUAUCAAAUGCUAGUAGUGAGUUCCAGGAAAGAGAUUCUGGAUGGGCAAUAAAAGCAUUUAAAUAUUUUGAUAUUACAAUAAUAAAACUGGAGCACAUUCCUGUAAGAGGAUAUAUUUCAGCACCUCCUACUAUUAAGGCUAAGAACGCUUUAAUUAAUGUUAAAAACAAUGAUAAUUAUUGUUUUAAGUGGAGUAUACUAGCUUCUAUAGCUUAUAAAAGUCAUUCUUUGGAAACAUUUUCUAACCCCAGACAACGGAGGUUUGCUAGAGAACAAUUACAACUCCCCAUAAAAUAUAUAAAUGUUAACAUUUCACAAGAAAAAAUAAAGUACAAACAAGUGGAACUUAAUUUUUCAGGAAUAGAGUUUCCUAUUACGAAAAAGGGGAUAAAAAAAUUUGAGAAAUUGAACCCCAACUUUAGUGUUAACGUAUACGAACACGAUUCUAAAGGAACACAAAUUGUUGGACCAGUAGUAAGAACUGAUUUUAAGGGGAGACCAUCCCAUAUCAAUUUGCUGGCAAUUUCAAACAACAAUUUGAUGCAUUAUGCUUAUAUAACCUGUAUGAGAACACUAUGCUACUCACAGCAUUCAAAAUCUAGAACCCCUGCCUAUUUUUGUGAAAACUGUUUACAGUUUAUAACGUCAACAAAUUCUACACAUGAUACCAAGGAAUGCGGUAAAGUGGCUGCGGAAUAUCCAAAGCCGAAUACCAUAACAAAAUUUAAAAAUUUUUAUAAAAAACUAUCACCACCGGUAGUUAUAUAUGCAGACAUUGAAGCGGUAUUAAAAAAAGUUCACACAACCCAAAACGAUCCAUCAAUUUCAUCUACAACGACAUCUCAAGAGCAUAUUGCUUGCGCUGUAUCAUUUUUUGUGGUACAUAAAUAUAACCCAAGUCUUAAUAGACAAUGGACCUAUGAAGGAGAUGAUUGCAUUAAAAAGUUUUGUCAAGCACUCAAGGAUACUACCAAGGGCUUAUACCACAAAUAUUGGACCACCCAAACAAGGCUCCAAGAUGAAUGCGAACCGAUCUCCGUCGACAACGAUAAUUGCUGUGCCUGUGAGUUACCGAUACGGGAUAACGCAGAAAUGUUUUAUGAUCAAUUCUCUGGUAGCCAUAUAGGCUAUAUCCAUAAAAAUUGUAAAGUAGAUUAUAAGUUAACUGAAGCGUUUUUCCCAGUAGUUUUUCAUAACCUUUCUAGGUAUGACAUUCAUUUAUUUAUUAAGGAAUUAGGAAAUAAUUUAAAACCGAUUCCUUGUAAUAAGGAAUUAUAUAUUGCUUUGACCCAAACUAUUAGAUUUGAUGAAAAAGAUUAUUACAAAAUUCAAUUCAUAGAUUCCAACAGGUUUUUAAAUUCUAGUCUAGAAAAACUAGCUAGCUACAUGGAUGAAUCUAAUUUUAAACUUUUAAAAACUAAAUUUCAAGGGGAGAAAUUUAAUCAAAUGAGACAAAAAGGGGUAUUCCCAUAUGACUUUUUAGAUAGUUUUGAAAAAAUGGAAGAAAAAAAUCUCCCGCCAAUUGAAUAUUUCUAUAAUUCCCUAACAGACCAACCUUGUUCUUUUGAGGCUUACCAAUUUGCUCAAAAGGUUUGGUCAACCUUUAAUUGUAAGAGUAUUAGGGAUUAUUUAAAAUUGUAUUUAGAAAGUGAUGUUAUGAUUUUAGCAGAUGUUUUUGAGAAUUUUAGAAUAAUAUGCCUACAAAUAUAUAAGCUUGACCCAGUUAAUUAUGUAACAGCUCCAUCAAUUUCCUGGGAUGCUAUGUUAAAGUUCACGCGAACCGAAUUAACUUUAAUAAGCAAUCCUGAUAUGUACAAUUUUAUUAAAAGAUCUAUACGAGGGGGAUUGACUCAAUGCACCCAAAGAAUUUCGUGUGCUAAUAAUAAGUACAUGAAAGAUUUUGAUAGUAACAAACCUGUUAACUUUUUAGCUUACAUAGAUGCUAAUAAUUUAUAUGGCUGGGCUAUGAGUCAACCUCUUCCUAUAUCAGAAUUUAAAUUUUUGAAUAAUCUGGAAAUUAAUCAAUUCGAUAUUAAAAAUAUAUCAACAGAAGGGGAUUACGGAUUUAUGUUAGAAGUAGACCUUGAAUACCCUACUGAAAUUCAUGAUGCUCAUAAUUCGCUGCCUUUUUGUCCUGAAAGUAAAAUACCUCCAGACUCCAAAAUAUCAAAAUUAAUUGCAGACUUAUGUAAUAAAGAAAAUUAUAUUAUUCAUUUAAAAUAUCUGCAACUUUGUAUUCAACAUGGACUUAAAAUAAAAAAAAUUCACAGAAUACUAAAAUUUAGACAAUCUUGUUGGUUAAAACCCUAUAUAGAUUUAAAUACAAAACAUAGAAAAUUAGCUAAAAAUGAAUUUGAAAAAAAUUUCUAUAAAUUAAUGAAUAAUGCUAUAUACGGAAAAACUAUGGAAAACGUUGAAAAGAGACGAGAUAUAGCUCUAGUUUCCCAUUACCAUUCAAAACAGAACUCUCCUGGAUUUAGACAACGAAUAGCUAGUCACAAUUUUCACAGUGUAGCACUUUUUGGACCCAAUUUAGCUGCAAUAGAAGCCACAAAAUCUCGCAUACGUUAUGAUAAACCCAUAUAUUGGUUCAAGUGUUUUAGAACUUUCUAA